AUGGCGGACGCUGCACAAGACGCCAGUGGCCUGCUCCACGACCUCCUCUCCAGCGUCAUCCCUGAUCCCGUCUUUCGAGUGCUAGCAGGCUUCUCCAAUCUCAUCUACACCCUGCUCGGUAGCGCCAACAACCCCGCAUCAUGGUCGUCCACGCUGCUUCCGCCGCUCAUCACCUUCUUCCUCGCCUACUUUGCGCUCCUCACCGCGUACAGGACGGUUCGCUCCAUGCUAUCGCUCGCGUGGUUCGGAAUCAAGUGGGGCGCCAUCAUCGGUGGUCUCAUCGCCAUAUGGGCGUGGUGGACCGACAACACUGAUGCCAUCAACAGCACAGGGACAGUACCCGGCAGAGGAGGCUUUUUUGGCCAGCUCAACUCGCUCGGUCCGCUCAUGAAUACCCUCUACACCCAGCUUCCGGAUCUCACCACGUCCGGUGGUUCUUCAGCCUCAGCUCGCAAUGCCCGCCGUCGCCAACAACGAUCAUCAUCAACACGUCGUCGCACACGAGCCAACAAACGUGCAUUCUCGUUCGACGCCAACGACGACCUUGCAGACGACCUAGGUGCAGGCUACAGCGCCUUUGCCGACAUGUUCGGCCGCUCCUCCGACACCGAACCUUCGGACGGAGGAGUUGAUUUCGGCUCGCUCCUCCGCACCGUCGUCACCGAGGGCCAGAGACAGGGCAUCGACGCCUUGUCUGCGCUCAGAGCAACGGGCAAGGUACAGGACGAGCUGCGAAGGUUUCAGCAGGACCCGAGUGGUUGGUUUCAAGGUGUCGGCGAUCGAUUCCGCACCACAGCGGGGGUGGAGGAGGGGACGGCGUAUAAUACGCGUUCCAGGACAAGGCAGCAACAGCAGCAACGACGACGACGACGAGGGGAUUCGAAUGCCAAUGCGAAUCAGGGAGACUCUUGGUGGGGCAACGUCGCUUCGGGCGUCAAUGACUUUUUCAAGCGCGAUCCGGAUGAGCCUGUCGGUGGGGCGAGAAGUGGGUAA